ACACCAGGAAGUGGAGGGAGAGGUACAUAGUGGUGAGAGCCAACUACUGCCUGGAGUGUCACGAGAGCCUGGAGACGUUUGUGAAAGGAGUUCCUCCGCGACACAAACUGCUGCCCACAGGGGGCACUGUUCUCACCACACAGGAGAAGUACAUGGCUAUGGUGGACAAGUGUUUUCCUGACGAGACCAUUGUGAACGAGGACUUUGCUCCGCCUCUGUCGGGGAUGCCGGGUCAGUUUCCGGUUUACCUGCGUCUGCCGUACAGGAGAGACUCGUACUUCUGCUUCAAACAGCAGGUGAAACAGGACGCCUUCCUGUCCAUCCUGUCCGACUGCAUCAGACACCAGAACCAAGACUUCCUGAAGAAGAGGACGUGCGAGGUUCAGGCCUUCCUCAAAGCCAUCCAGCUCUACAGACAGGACAAGGGCAGAUAUGAGGCGUGGGACAUGCUGAUAGGAAGUGAUGUCAGGGUACGUACGAUUUACACAGGGUCUGAAGGAACAAUUAAAAAGUCUUAAACAUGUUAAAACAUU